CCUGUAUUUGUGUCUUUUGUGACUUUCGUGGUUAGAAUAAUUUGGUGUACUUGCUGGCGGGCUCAUUGUGGGUAAACCAAAACCAAACCAAACCCAGUGCUGUCGAGUCAAUUCCGACUCAUAGCGACCCUACAGGACAGAGUAGAACUGCCCUACAGAGUUUCUAAGGAGCACCUGGUGGAUUUGAACUGCUGACCCUUUGGUUAGCAGCCAUUGCACUUAACCAUUACGCCACCAGGGUUUCCUCAUUGUGGAUAGUGGUUCUCAAUUUUUUUUCUUAACAAAACAUUUCUGGAGCGUGACGUUCCCAUGCCCAAUACAUUUCUUAGUGGGUACCCGUGUGUGUGUGUGUGUAUUCACUAAUAUAUAACCCGUGACACACACACACACACACACACACACACACACACACACACACAUUUAGCUAUUGAUUUGAGAAAAUUGAAAACAUUUUGUGGGGAAAUAAAAUUGAUUUUGAUGUUCUGUUCAUGAAAAUGGUUUUUAAGCACAUGGGUAAUGAAACUAGCCAUUUACACAGUUCAGAAUAUUGUCAUUUUUCCAGGAAAAUUUAAUAAAUAUGGCAAAUCUAAUUCUAAAGUAUUUAACAUUAUUAUCUUAAAAAUCUGUGGUGGCUGAUUUCCGUGGACGGUAGCAGAGUUGGGUUUGCUGAAGCUAGCUGUGAUUUCCACUUUUUUGUUUCCCAUUCAGGGAUGCUCUCUGGAUGCAAGCAAGUGGGGUGACAUGAUAGAGAUAAUCCUGAAUCUGCUCUAUUUAUUUAUUUUUAAAAAGGAAAUUGCAGAUGUUGGUACUGUAACUGUUACUAGUAACUCAUUAAGGAGACCUGUGUCUCAACAGCACUUGGCUGCUAAUGGAAAGGUUGGUGCUUCGAAUCCACCCAGUGGCUCUGUGGGAGGAAGACCUAACGAUCUGCUUUUGUAAAGAUUACAACCUAGAAAACCCUAUGGGACAGUUAUACUGUCAUAUAGGGUUGCUAUGAGUUGGAAUUGACUCUGCAGUACCCAACAACCACAACAGUAACACAUUACUAGGGGCACCCCUCCUAACUGCUGCUGAGAGAUUGCGGACAAAUCAAUGGAAACAACUGGAGGACCCGCUCAGGGUGAGCCUCUGAUGAGAGCAUUGUCAUUAUGUGACCAGAUCCAGGAUCUUGGGUGGGAGGCUUGGGCACCUUUCAGAUACAAGAAAAUGUUGGCUUUUCUCCUUCCCCACCCCUCUCUCGUCAAGAAUAUAAAACAUUUAGUAUAGAAAAUGUUUAAUUUAAUACAGGUAUCCCCCCACUUUUCGAAAGUUUGCUUUACGCCUCUUUGCCUUUAAGACAGACAUACAUUAGUAUCUGUUUUCGCUAACCUGAAAAAAUCCGAAGAGAAUUUUCGCUUUUAAGAACAAAGGCAAAAAGGGGAAAUAGCGUUUGUUUUGCAGCCAGCUGUAAAGAGAGUGCACACCCGGAGCAGUGAGGGUGAAGUUGCCAAGCUCCCUCCCUGGGAACUACACUCAGCAUCUCAGCAUUAAGCCACCAUAGCUUUGAGCUGUGCCUGUGAGAUCUGUGCUUUAUCUCGAUUUAUUUUGUGCACCCGCUAGCAAGAUGUGUCCUAAGAUUGCCACAGCAGUGAAGUUUCUACAGAAUUCCCGGGUCCGCCAGAGCCCACUUGCGACCAGGAGAACAUUCCUUAAGAAGAAAGGGCUGACAGAUGAAGAGAUCGAUUUGGCUUUCCAGCAGUCGGGCACUGCUGCGGACGAGCCUUCAUCCUUGGGCCCAGCCACACAGGUGGUUCCUGUCCAGCCCCCUCACCUCCUUCCUCAGCCGUGCAGCCCUGUAGGCUCCCGAUGGAGGGAUUAUGGUGCCUUGGCCAUCAUCAUGGCAGGAAUCGCGUUUGGCUUUCACCAGCUCUACAAGAAAUACCUGCUCCCCCUCAUCGUGGGCGGCAGAGAGGACAGGAAGCAACUGGAGCGGAUGGAGGCGAGCCUCUCGGAGCUGAGUGGCAGCGUGGCCCAGACAGUGACGCAGGUACAGACGACUUUAGCCUCUGUCCAGGAGCUGCUGAUCCAGCAACAGCAGAAAGUCCAGGAGCUUGCUCAUGAACUGGCCGCCGCCAAGGCCACCACAUCGACAAACUGGAUCCUGGAGUCCCAGAACAUCAGUGAACUCAAGUCGGAAAUCAGCUCCUUGAAAGGCCUUCUUUUAAAUCGGAGGCAGUUCCCACCCUCGCCAUCAGCACCCAAGAUCCCCUCCUGGCAGAUUCCGGUGAAGUCACCGUCCCCCUCUAGCCCCGCAGCGGUGAACCACCACAGCAGCAGCGACAUUUCGCCCGUCAGCAAUGAGUCCACAUCAUCCUCGCCUGUGAAAGAGAGCCACAGCCCUGAGGGCACCACAUACCACCUGCUGGGCCCCGCAGAAGAGGGUGCGGGGGUGCUGGACGUCAAGGGCCAGGUGCGGAUGGAGGUGCAGGGCGAGGAGGAGAAGCGGGAGGAUGAGGAGGACGAGGAGGAUGAUGAUGUGAGCCACGUGGAUGAGGAGGACUGCCUGGGGGUGCAGCGGGAGGACCGCCGGGGCGGGGACGGGCAGAUCAACGAGCAGGUGGAAAAGCUGCGGCGGCCCGAGGGUGCCAGCAAUGAGCACGAUCGGGACUAGGCCUGCCUGCCGCCCAGUGUCUGCUCUGUGGGACUGUCAGUCGCUGCCUGCUGCCCCGGGAGGGCACCCUGAGCCCUGGUGGGCAGAGCUGUCCUUGUCCUUGUGGGGAGGCCCUUGCUGCAGCCCCACGGCUGACAGCACGAGGGCUGGGCUCACCUGGCCGCUGCGUGUGAUCGCAUUUCUGUCCCCCUUCCCACACUCCUCUUGCCCAAACACUAGCCCAGCCCAGUUCUCCUCAGACCAGCCUUUGAUCUUAUUCUCAUGGCAGGCCAGAGGCCCUGAAGCCUCUGCGCUCAAGGCCCUGGCCCAGCCCCUCUCCAGGACCUACAUCUUGUCGAGGGUCUUUUUGCUGAGUGUCUUCACCCUAACACCACGCAUGACAAGAGGUAGUUUUAUUACCUGACUCCUAACUCCUUGGUGGAAAAAAAAAUGCAGUUGAUCUGUGUCUGCUGCUCCCUCCCUCCCCUGUGCCCCCUUCCCCCUCCACUGCAAGAGCCUGGCACCCCCGGGCUCCUCUGGCUUCACACUGUGGGCCUGGUAGGCUGUUUUGUCCUCUUCCCGAAAGUGAGGGUCUGCCCAGGUGGAGCCUCCGGGACUGUUGCUUAGGCCAGCCACUGUCAUCACAGCCAGGCCCUGCCCAACUGAUGUGCCCCAGUGUGCCCCUCCCUGCCCCACUCCCCACCAUGCCCUGUUGUCCUCCUGGGAAAUGAAAUCACACUGCACUCUGACAACCCUAGCUUGCUGCAUCGUGGCCUCAGCUGAUCCCAUGGUGAGACGUGACCCUCACGCCCCAUGCAGGAGCCGGGCAUCAGGGCCUUCCUGACAAACAGCUAUGUCUGUCUUCCCACCAGAAAACACAUGUUCAUUUGUGUGAUCAUGUAUAGAUGCAAAAUAUAUGAUAUGACUGUAUAUAAUUGUAAUAAAUACGAGUUGCCACUAUUUAA